GAAAAAUUAAGAAGGGCUCUGAACUCCUUCAUACAGAAAGUAAUGGAAGUGUCCUCCUUCAUGACAUAAUGAUCAAAUUCUCCUCUGGCAAGUGCAAGUUGUGUUCGAGUGAUAUUACAUAAAUCUAUAAAAUAGCGUGUAGUGUUCUACAUUUACCGACGUGACAUCUCUUUAUGAAGUAUGUCCAAAAUAUCAUGAUGGCAGCACCUUUCCGAAUAUCGCAAAGUAGAUCCUUGAAGGGAACCAAAGAAAUCGACUCAAGUUGAGAACAUUACCUGCUUCGCAGUGAUGCAUUUGUAACAAGAAUACAUGAAGUUGUAGUUUUCUCUGUGGAAGAUUACUGUGUAAUGUAUUAUUGUCUGAUCUGGAGGCUGAGUAGCAAAUUACAAUUAUGGAGCACCAAUGUGGUUGUGGAGCUGUUCAUAGUGAAGGAGAAUUAGGUGUUGAGUAUAGCCUGUAUCAGAAAAUAGAUACAGAAAAUUUGGAAUGCCUAAAUGAAUACGAAGAAGGUUCCGGAGUCACAGUUUUCAAACCUUGGGAAGAUCGAUUAGACAGAAGCAAGUUUGUAGAAAGUGAUGUCGAUGAAGAAUUAUUGUUUAAUGUACCUUUUACAGGUCUUAUUAAGCUAAAAGGAUUAAUUGUCGCAGGUGAAGGUGACAAUUCUCAUCCAUGCAAAGUCCGAUUGUUUAAGAAUCGGCCACACAUGACUUUUGAUGCAGCUUUGACAGAAUCUGAUCAGGAGUUUGAAUUGUGCAGAGAUGAGUCUGGUGUUCAUGAAUAUUCAAUAAAAGUAGUGAAGUUCUCAUCGGUCCACCAUCUGACACUCCAUUUUUCUGGUAAUUUUGGAGCUGAAAGAACACGGAUCAACUAUAUCGGUCUAAAAGGGGAGUGGUCACCUGCUCCAAAACAGGGGGUGGUUAUUGCUACUUAUGAAGUGCGUCCUCAAGUCUCUGAUCUUGUGGAUGAUACGCAACGUCCACCUACCGCGAUACACUGAUUUUUUUCAUGUUCUUUAUUCUGCAUUCGCUUCUACUACUGACUAAGAAUAAAUUUAUAUUUUCUACGAUUUAUAGUGUGCAUUUCUUAAUUAAAUGUCAAUAUUUCAAUAAAUAACAGUAUUCUUUGAGUUCAAAACUUUUAUUGCAAAAGAACUGUCGUUAUCAUGAGUUUCACAGUUCAAAGAUAUGUGCAUAUGAAUACAUAAUAUCAUUCAUUAAAAUUGUUUUUUUAAUGUAUACAAAUAUAUGCAUUUAUUCAUGGAA